AUCAUUCUUUCUUUACUUACCCCGCUCCUUUGCUUUUUUCACAACACACUACACAAGUCAAUUCAUCCCUUUUUAUUUUUUCCCUUUUUUUUUUGGUAAAAAUAAGCGCUUUGUUUUUUCUCUUUUUCCUUAAACUUCGCCAAUUUGUCCCCUUUCUUCUUUUUCGUUGAUUCAUCUGCUAAUAGGGCAGAACCAAAAAAAAAAAAAAAAAAGACAUACGUAUACAGUUCUUGCAUGUAAUUAUCUGUUCGCACAUUGAUUAUACAUUUUUUAUUACAAUCAAUGGAGAUCGGUUGAUUUUGGUUGUCAAUUAGGGUUUCAAUUUCUUGUCGGUACUUGAAUAUUGUAAGGGUUUGUAUUUAUUAAACGAUAGUUCAAGAAUUAAUAUUUUUUUAAUCGGUAACCUUAAUUGGUUCUUCCCAUUUUUCUAAGUUAAAUAAACUGGGUGCUUUCUAUUUCUGGGUUUUUGGCAUUUGAUCCAUAGUUGUGUAUUUAGGAUAGAUUUAUGGGUAAAAUUUGUAUUUUGGGUUUUUGGGAUUUGGUGUAUUAGGUGAAAGUGUGAUUGUUGCUUUUUAUUAUUUGGUUAUCGAAAUCUUGAAGUGGAGUUGUUUAGUUUACGAUGGAUCAUGUUGUGGGUGGGAAGUUUAAGCUGGGAAGGAAGAUCGGAAGUGGGUCUUUUGGUGAGCUUUAUUUAGGUGUGAAUAUACAGAAUGGAGAAGAAGUUGCCAUUAAGCUGGAAUCUGUCAAGACAAAGCACCCUCAAUUGCACUAUGAAUCAAAAAUAUAUAUGCUUCUUUCAGGAGGAACUGGAAUCCCCAAUCUUAAAUGGUUUGGAGUCGAAGGCGAGUACAAUGUAAUGGUCAUAGACCUUCUUGGACCGAGCUUGGAAGACCUAUUCAACUAUUGCAAUAGGAAACUUUCAUUGAAAACAGUUUUGAUGCUUGCAGAUCAGCUAAUUAAUAGAGUUGAAUACAUGCACUCAAGAGGAUUUCUUCAUCGUGACAUAAAGCCAGACAACUUCCUAAUGGGCCUUGGUCGCAAAGCAAAUCAGGUGUACGCCAUCGACUUCGGGCUUGCCAAAAAGUAUAGGGACCUGCAGACACACAAGCAUAUACCGUACAGGGAAAACAAGAAUCUGACAGGCACAGCUCGCUAUGCCAGUGUCAACACACACCUUGGAGUUGAGCAAAGCAGAAGAGAUGAUUUGGAAUCUCUGGGUUAUGUACUUAUGUAUUUUCUUAGAGGAAGUCUUCCGUGGCAGGGAUUGAAAGCUGGUACUAAGAAGCAGAAAUAUGAUAAAAUCAGUGAGAAGAAGAUGUUGACUCCAAUAGAGGUGCUAUGUAAGUCAUAUCCGUCAGAGUUCAUAUCAUACUUCCAUUAUUGUCGGUCGUUACGGUUUGAAGAUAAACCUGACUAUUCAUAUCUGAAGAGGCUUUUUAGGGACUUGUUUAUUCGUGAAGGUUAUCAGUUUGACUAUGUGUUUGAUUGGACCAUUUUGAAGUAUCCUCAGAUUGGUGCCAGUUCUAGAGGACGUAAUAUUAGUGGAAGUGCGGCACUAAAUGCUGGGCCAUCUGCUGAAAGACCGGGAAGGGCAUCAGUGGGACAGGAUAUCCGAGACAGGUUUUCUGGUGCUGUUGGAGCAUUUACACGGAGGAAUGCUUCUGGUUCUGGCAGGCAUGACGAAUACUCAAGACACAAGACUUCAGAUGAUAUACCUUCAUCUAAAGAUGUGCAAUUUGAUUCAGAAAGAGGCCGUAACUCAAGAAAUGGUAGCUCGUCCAGAAGGGCUGCCAUUUCAAGUAGCAGACCGAGCUCUUCUGGUGAACCUACUGAUAGUCGCUCAAGCAGAUUAGUGUCGAGCAGUGGCCGCUUAUCUUCCACACAAAGGGUUCAUUCUGGAUUUGAACCAAAACCAUCAUUGUUUUCCCGAACUUCACUUGCAAAGGGCAGCCGUGAUGACCCUCUUCGGAGCUUUGAGCUUCUUUCAAUCAGAAAGUAAAGAGAAAUUUUCUCGUUGUUUGAAUCUUGUAAUCCUAUAAUAGGAUGUCUCCGUGCUGUAAAUUGAAAAUUUUCUACAUGAAAACUAAAGCUUUAUCUGACUUUACAUUAUUACUUGGUUUGUUUUCCGUGAAGAGUUUCUGGCCAUUGUAACUCCAUUCAGGCUCAUCCGAAAAAAGUGAUGAGUAAUAUGUACCAAGGUGGAUAGUUACAAUAAAUAUUCAUGAUGUACGAACGGAUAUAAUAUCAUUUGUGCAGGCCUCUAUAAUGUAUGGUGGAGAUAUUCUGUUUUCUUA